AUGUUAUGGAGUAUAAUUUACCAACAUCUUCAGCCUUCCUUCUUUUCUUCUUUCUAUUUCUCCUUCUUAUUACUCUGCAUCAGAGCAGAGCAGGAACUGCUCACGCAGAAACCAACCUGGAUAUCAGGGCAACUUGGAGACCAGAUUGAAAUGAAUUGCUACCAGAACAACAUAGAUCACAACUGGAUGUACUGGUAUCGGCAAACAGCAGCAAAACAGCAGCUGGAACUGAUUGGUUAUAUAACUAAGGGAGCACUAAAAUCCACCAUUGAAGCUGAAUUUGAAGAUCGAGGUUUUACGAUUCAGCAGACGCAUGGUAAACACUGUUCAUUGCAAAUCAACAAAAUGAGCUCUGAGGAUGCUGCCGUUUAUUUCUGUGCUUCUAGCUUAGGCGGUCUUGUAAAUACAGACAUGUUGUGUGUGUCUGACAAGCUCUAUUUUGGACAAGGAACUCGACUGACAGUACUAGAAAAGGGACACAUUCUCACACCCCCAAGUGUGACCGUAUUUUCUCCAUCCAAAAGAGAAUUGGAAAAAAAGCAGAAAGCUACAAUUGUUUGUUUGGCCACUGAUUUCUAUCCAGAUCACGUCAUCCUUACAUGGUACCUAAAUGACAAGUCUAUAACAGAUGGAAUAAAGACAGAGGAGCCCAAAUAUGAAAAUAAGAAAUAUUCACUGAUCAGCCGUUUAAGAAUCACUGGGAACCAGUGGCAGAAUUCAAAAAAUAAUUUCAAGUGCAAAGUUGAUUUCUACAAUUCUUCUGAAAGCACAAGUUAUGAAGCUUCCAUAAUUGGAGAAGAAUGUGAUAGCCAGACCCCCACAAAUGAAUCAUAUCUCAGACAAGCCAAUCUUGGAAAACUGGUGUAUAUUCUUCUCAUUUUCAAGAGUGCCUUGUAUGGGGCAUUUAUAAUGCAUUUGAAAAUAAGAAAAAAGUCCUGUGGCAGUUGAAACAACAGAAGCCUUUUACCUGGGAACAUCAUGUCUGAGCUGAAUGAAUGCUGAAGAGAGAAGAAGAAUGAUUCUUGCCUUUAAAAGUCUGA